AUCAAGAUAAGCAGGCGGUUCCGCACCUUAUCUUGUCCUAAAAGUCACUGGAGACACAAGACUUUCAACAAUGAUUGCGGUUUUUACACUGAUCUCGAUUGUUGGUGCUUUCAGUAUCAAUCAGCAUGGAGGUGGCGUACAUGCGGUUCCUUUGAUAAUGGAGGCCAAAAUCAGCCAUAUCUUUCAUGACAUGGACAAGGACCACGACUACUUCAUUUCCAUAACAGAAAUCUUGAACUUCUUCGCCGUCUAUGACCUAGACAAUCCGAAUGGUAUCAAUCCUACAAGCAUUGACCUAAGCGAAUUCAAGCAAUCAUGGAGCUACAGAGAUACCGAUUCCCAAAAGGCGCUCAAUUUCAAUCAGAUGGACGCCAACAAAGAUGGUUCUCUGACUGAUGUGGACCUGGCGGGAUUUUUUGCAACUGCUGACACGGACUUUGACAGAGUCAUUGAUUUUGCCGAAUUCGACAAAUACAUGAGAACAGUGAGUUUUGACAUUUUUUUUUCAAUAUGAGUAUCACAUAUGUACAAUGUAGAAAAACUUCAUCAAACACCUAUCAAAACUGUUUUCAUGUGGUCCAAUGUCUUACCAAAAUGAUCAUUUGAUGUUGAUCGAAGUCUCAAUUUUUUUAUUAAUGAGUCUGGCUUACACCUCCAAAUUCCCGUAAUGAAAGGAUAAAGGUUUGGAAAAAAGUGGAAAUAUUCACACGGAAAGAGUUGAGAUCGAAGAAAAUAAAGAUGAAACACGUUUUGCGAAUGGUGUUUUAUUUAUUUUAUCAAUAAGUACUAAAGUAUAUAAAAAACAAAUACGACAGUUGACAUUAGAAAUAAUAAAAGGAGACUGAGAUGGCACUAAAUGUCUACGACAUUACAUUUUAAACAAUGAAUGUAAUUUGAAUUUCCUAUUAACAUUUCGUUUCUAACAUUUCUUUUUCUCUUUUUCAGUUCAUCUACAACAUCAUUUCUUAGAGAACACCACACUAAACACUUAGAAACAAUAAAACGGUCAUUACCUAGAA